UGGUCUCCCACCAAGGUCCAUGAUUGAUGCUGCGACCGACAUAGACAUUUACACCGACACGACAGGGUGCCACAGGGUGAACGGCAGGAAAGUCGUUCCAAGCACCACCUCUCUUAAGGAAAAGCUUCGGACUACGAACAGAGAGUUAAUCGAUUUUGUUCAAGGAUGCCUUGAGUGGGAUCCCGCUCGCCGGCUCACGCCUGAGGAAGCUUUGAACCACAGGUGGCUUCAGGACGACACCAAGGACGAAAGCCAUGCUAGUCACAAUGAACCGGAUGCUGUGGACGCAUCAAUUAAAAUGGACGAGAUCGUGGAGGUGGAUCGUGUGAGCCAAUGCGAGCAGAGAUGGACGAAUGAUUCUGGGUCAGAUCUCGAGGAAGAUUUUGUGUCAGCCAAGAGCCAAUCCUCGAACGCCAGUUUCUACACUGCCCUGGAAUACCAACGCAGCCAUCAAGCGACCAGUGAAGCUGUCGCCAACACCGGAGCGAAGGCAUCGAGGGGGCCUGGGCGGAGAUUUGCCCGUGUGCGGCAGCGACUCCGGACAUUUCUUAGAUUUGUCCGGAAGCAUUGCUGCUGCAAUGCGGAAGAAUAAAGGCCCCAUCGUUGGCGCACCCCACCACUCCAG